GUCCAGUGUAAAGGUAAAUUAAUGUGUGUAGGAUUUGUAAUAACUGACCUAUGUUAUGAAAACUGUACUAACACUUUGGAAUGAAUGAAUGUGUAACCAUGGUUACUGUGCUAGUCACAGAUGUGUGUGAAGGAGUGUGUUUGUGUCGACGCUUCACUAAGCGUGGUGGGAGCACUGGAGAGAGUGAUGCGGAGGUGUGUCGGACCACAUGGAGGGAGUGUCCUGUUCACACGAGACUCCGGAGGGACGUUUAUCACCCGACAGGGACAACAAAUUCUCACAGCACUGAACCUGGAUCAUCCCAUGGCCAGGAUGGUGCUGGAGUGUGUGUGUACACACUAUCUGUUAACGGCAGACGGAUCAAAGACAUUCAUCAUUCUUCUCUCUACGCUGCUACAGAGAAUCAGAGAUGUCACACACACACACCGCAAAACAUGCUUGGAUUCCAUGGCCGCUGCUCGACAACUGGCUCAUCAGCUGGUGGAGUUCAGCAGGGUGGAGCUCGACGAUGUUCUAGUCAGGAGCGUGUUCCCACACGCGUCCUCUCUGUUCCGCUCGCAGGGUGGGGCUGUGGAGCGCGGGGCACUGCAGAGGUUGAUCAGUGGGUAUGUGGCAGGGAGACUGGGCUCAGGCCAGGCUGAGUUACUGACAGGUCUCCUCUGUGAUCUCUACCUCAAAACAACCUGUGGAGCAAGCACAGUCCAGCCAAUCCAGUUUCUCCACUCACAGUUCUCUCUGCUGCACACGCUCGUGCCAGGUCUGUCCAUUGGCCAGUCCCUUGUGUUGGAGGGGCUGGUCCUAAGCAGGGAUUGGUCAGUAUGGAAAGAAAAGGAGGAGCCAGUGAGAGCUCUUAUGUUGUGUGAGAGUAUGGGUAUGGUCGCCAGUGGCGUGAGUGUGUGUGCCCAUCAAGACUGGGCACAAAGAGCAGAGUUUAUGUUGGAGCAGGUGUGGGAGCGUUUGAUGAGCCUACAGGUGCAUGUGCUGCUGUCGACAGUGCGACAGCCACAGUGUGUGCUACAGUGGGCGGAGCUUAAUGACACUGCUGUGGUAGAGUGUGUUGACCCCACUGAGCUUGACCUCAUCUGGCAAAUAAGUGGUGCUCACGCUGUCACCCAUCAGGCUUUGGGGCGAAUCGUCACGGUAACCUUCUGCAAACGGUUGCAGGUUGGUGGGUGCAGGUACGCCCACGUCGGGCUCCACCCGGCCGCACCAGUACACGCACAUACACUGCUGCUGUGUGCACCCACACCAGGACUGCUUCAGCAGUGUGUGUGUGUGUGUGAGGGAGCUCUCACAAUGCUGCAGCGAGUUUGCCAGCCGCUUUUAAGACAAACACUCCCUCCUCAUCAGACACGAAACAGCGACGUCUGUCAAACCCCUGUUCUCAACCACUCACAGAACACUUCCCCUGUUCUCGACCACUCACAGAACUCUUCCCCUGUUCUCGACCACUCACAGAACUCUUCCCCUGUUCUCAAGCACUCACAGAACACUCCCCCUGUUCCCGCCCAGUCAGACUCUGGCGGCCCAGUGGUUUGUGCAGUGCUGCCUGUAGGUGGCAUGUUUGAGUUGCUGUUGCAUGAUGCUCUGUCGCACGCCAGUUACCAUGGUUACACAGAGAGUUGCAGGCUGCUGGCUGAAGCUCUGCUGAGCGUGCCCAGAACUCUGGGUUUGCACAAACCCCACCUGCAAACAUUGCCUCGUUCCCUUUGUAACCAAAGGCAGCAGAGUGCUGUGGGGUCAGGCGGGUCAGAGUUCAGGUCAAGCCUGGUGUGUGUAGAGUCUGUGAGCUGUAAACAGCAGUUGGUUGUGUCUGUAUUAGAGUGUGCAGUCAGGAUGCUGUGUGUUAGUGCUGUGUUACACACUGCGGUUACGUACAGCCCAUGA